AUGGACCCUCUCUUCAACGCCACCGACGAGCUCUGCGCCACGAACGGGACCAACGCGUCCGUGAACUGCACCGACGGCUUCAACCAGUUCGUGCAGCCGGUGUGGCAGAUCACGCUCUGGGCGGUCGCGUACUGCAGCAUCGUGGCGGUGUCUGUGGUCGGGAACGUGGUGGUCAUCUGGAUCAUUCUGGCGCACAAACGCAUGAGGACCGUCACCAACUACUUUCUGGUGAACCUGGCCGUCGCCGAGGCCGCCAUGUCGGCCUUCAACACGGUGAUCAACUUCACCUACGCCGUUCACAACGAGUGGUACUUCGGUUUGGUGUACUGCCGCUUCCACAACUUCUUCCCCAUCGCAGCCAUAUUCGCCAGCAUUUACUCCAUGACGGCCAUCGCUCUGGACAGAUACAUGGCGAUCAUCCACCCGCUGCAGCAGAGGCUGACCUCCACGGAGACCCGCGUGGUGGUCUUGGUGGUCUGGACGCUGGCGCUGCUGCUCGCGUUCCCUCAGUACUACUUCUCCGCCACCGCGCUGCUGCCGGGACGCACGGUCUGCUACAUCGACUGGCCCGAGUACAACGCCGUGGACGCCAAGAAGAUAUACUACGUGUGUGUGACGCUGCUGAUCUACUUCCUGCCCCUCGGCAUCAUGGGAUGCGCGUACACGAUCGUGGGCGUCACCCUGUGGGCGAGCGAGAUCCCCGGAAACUCUUCUGAUCACUACAAAGAACAGCUGAUUGCCAAACGCAAGGUGGUGAAGAUGAUGAUCGUGGUGGUGUGUACCUUCGCCGUGUGCUGGCUGCCCUACCACGUCUACUUCUUACUGCACCAGUUCUUCCCCGACCUGUUCGAGCAGCGCUACAUGCAGCAGGUGUACCUGGCCGUCAUGUGGCUCGCCAUGAGCUCCACCAUGUACAACCCCAUCAUCUACUACUGCCUCAACAGCAGGUUCAGAGCCGGCUUCCAGCAGGUGUUUUGCUGCUGGGCUCCAGCCGGGGCCAAGGAGCAGCUGGAGCUCAAGUCCCCACGCUACCUGCAGACACAGGUCAGCAUCUACAGAGCCAGUCGGAUGGAGACCGUUGUCUCCGUCGCCGUCCACCCGGCAGCGGCGGAGCAAUAG